AUGGAAUCGCCGAAGACAAUUCCACACGAAAUUGGAGGACUGAGAAACGAUCCACUCCGAAAUGGACUUCAUGGCGUCAAGAGUGAUAUUAUAGGAUCUCACCCUCUUCAAUCUUCCUACCAAUCUGCGAAAGUGAGGCAAGAGGAUAUGAAGAAGAAAAUCUUAGCGAAUACCUACGGGGCGGCUUUUCCGUUGAAGAUGGAGCUCGACUGUCAAAUUAUUUCCAAAUUUCAAAGGCCUCCUGGAGCUAUACCAUCUUCCUUUUUGGGAUUGGAAGCCAUGAAUGGAACUCUGGAAGAUUUUGGCUUCCAAGACUACCUCAAUGAUCCAAGGGAGUUGGAAUCAUUCCGUCCAGUUGACAUGCAUCAUGGCAUGGAAGUGCGUUUAGGGAUGUCUAAGGGACCGGCCUGCCCCAGUUUUAUUUGA